UAUCCUGAAGAAGAAGAUUCCGGUGCAUCAGCUAGGCAUCAUCAUGCCUACUGCUGUGAUUAUGGAAGAAAAUUUCGAUAAAUUAUUAGAACAGUGUGAAGCUCAGGAACUUGAGGCUCCAGGGGGCAUAGCAACACCUCAAGUCUACGCUCAGUUGCUCGCACUAUAUUUACUUCACAAUGACAUGAAUAAUGCCAGGUAUCUAUGGAAGAGGAUUCCCCAAGCAAUAAAAUCGGCAAACCCUGAAUUAGCAGCUAUUUGGGCAGUCGGCCAGCGCAUUUGGCAGCGAGACUUUCCAGGAAUCUACACAGCUAUUGCUGCUUAUCAAUGGACAGAGAAUAUUCUUCCAGUCAUGGAGGCCCUUCAAGAGAGCACACGGCAGAGAGCGUACGGACUAGUGGCCCAGGCCUACACUUCCAUCACAGCUGAAGACUUUGCAGCUUUUGUUGGUUAUUCUGUGGAGGAGGCAGUAAAGGGUGUGGUGAGCCAAGGCUGGCAGGCAGACCCCUCUACCAGGAUGGUGAUGCCCAAAAAGCCCGAUCCUCCCCCGGUCUCACUGGUUCCAAAUGAGCAGCAGUUGGCCAGACUCACUGACUACGUGGCUUUCCUCGAGAACUGAUAACCCACCUCAACCAUUGCCACCCUGUUUCACACACUUGGUACUGAGGGAGAAUUAAUGUUUGGAUAAACUUUUCCCUCCAUUCUACUUCCUGCGAUAUCCCACUCCGUGAUAAAGAUGUACCAAAAACAAAUCAUCUUGCAUGAAUGCUGCAAGCUCUUCUGUAAGACUUACCUAUUUAUAUUCAUUGACUAUGAUAGUUUUCCCUGCUUCAUUUCCUCAAAGGGGUGGUUCAUGUUUUUUUUUUCUUGUUGUAUGAGGUACUAACAUCAUCAGCACUGACUGCACUGUGUGUAUCCCCUGUUCAUCACUAAAUCUUGCUGUUUCUUGUUGACAGCCUUUUCCAUCUGGAAAAUAAAGUUUGCAAACAGCUCACUCUCCUGCACCAAAACCCGUAGGAGAAUCAGUAUUUUUAGCUUACACGGACACCAGACUUGCUGUUUUACUCUCGCCUAAUCUGGUAAAUUUGUGUCAUUUAUGUAUAUCCAAACAAAUUGUUUCAAAUACCGAUAUCACAAAAUAACACAUUACAGCUUACUGAUGGAGGCUUUAUUGGAUCAACAACUCCCAUGACCUUGCAUGCUAAAAAUGCAGAUUUUCUCUUUGCUUAAGCUGACACAGUUUUUAUUAGAUGAGCCUUUUGUUAUGCGUCUAAAAUCUGGUUUACCUUGUGUCCCUAUUGGCAUCCCCGAGAGCCAGUCUGCUGGCACAUUGUAGUCAGCACUGAUUAUGUAUCUCGUACAACUGUCACUUUAAAUGUUAUUAUAUUUCACUUUAUUUUUUGUGGCUUUCGCAGGCCAUCAGAUAUAUACAUUGGGUCUGAGUAUAAAUUAGGAAAGUAAUAUCUUUCACAUCACUUUGUUUAUUUUGUUUUUUUUCAUUUGCUAAUCAUGCAAUAGAAAUACACACACCAGUAUGUACAGCACAUCCAUUGUGUUUAAGCACUUGCAGGUUCCUUGAAACAAAAAUGCCUUCAGGUAACAGAAGUCUCAGCAUGCAUAUGUCCCUGCGUGGAGUUCAGUCUUCAGACCUCAUUUGAAUUUUGAAGUUUAUGUAUUGACUGGUUAAUAAAUACUUUGCUGUUUCUAAA